AUGGAUGAGAUUCCUGAGUUAGUCACAGAACUCCCCGAAAAUGGCGUUAUUAAAACUGAACAGGUCCCUGUUGUCCCUUUUGUUCCUUCAUCUCUGACACCUACUGCAAUGGCCAAAAAAAUACCAAUUACUAUUGUCACUGGUUAUUUGGGUUCAGGAAAGUCGACAUUGUUGCAAAAGAUUGGAAAAACUGCAAACAAGCGACUAGCAAUUAUUCUCAAUGAGUUUGGAGACUCGUCAGUUAUAGAAAAAUCGGUGACAAUUCAGGAUCAAGGUAGCAGUGUUCAGGAGUGGUUGGAUAUUGGCAAUGGAUGCCUUUGUUGCACUGUUAAAGAUAACGGGGUUACUGCGAUUGAAAAUUUGAUUGAAAAUUCAAAGGAUAAAAUAGAUUAUAUUUUAUUGGAGACCACGGGUGUAGCAGAUCCUGCCCCGAUUGCCAAAAUGUUUUGGUUGGAUGAUGGGUUGGCAUCAAACAUAUACAUAGAUGGAGUUGUUACUGUGGUUGAUGCUGAACAUAUAAUCAAAUGCUUGGAUGAUAGUGGAGGACACUGGCAUAAGGAGAGUUUGGGGGAGGACGUUAAGUUUGAAGAUGGGAUUACUACAGCGCACUUGCAACUUGCCUUGGCAGAUGUUAUAUUAUUGAACAAAAUUGAUAAAGUAUCAGACACCGAACCUAUCACUGAAAGAAUUAGGCAGAUCAACCAAACUUCUCCCAUACAUACAACUAGCUUUGGAGAUAUUGAAAUUUCUAAAAUUUUGGAUCUUCAUGCAUUUGACGUUGACUCAAAAUUGACCAUUUCUGAAUCAUCAUUUCACGAUGAUAGAAUCAGUACAGUUACCAUAGCUUUUCCAUUUUUGGAAACUGAACAAGGGUUUUCCAAAAUCGAAAACUUCUUGCAGCAUGUUCUUUGGGACAAUCUGGUCAAUGGCAAAACUGUAGAAGUUCAUCGUUUGAAAGGUCUUUUAGUUCAUGGGGAUGAUGUAAGAGUGGUACAGGGCGUACGAGACACAUAUGAAAUUAUAGAAAAUGGUAAGUUGUUGGAAGAAGUCAAGGAGAAUAAAUUGGUCUUUAUUGGUAAAAAUUUGAAUCGUCUGGAUUUACUAGACGAGCUAAAUAGAUUUUUAUGA